AUGGCUGGUGUAGAACCUAUAAAAGCUGAAGUUGUUUUGGGCUGGAUUGUGUUUCUAUUAAUUAUGAAAAAUAUUGUUCUCUUGAUCCUACUAGCAGUUCUUCGUCGGCGAGCUGGUGUAUUUCGAGCACCUGAAGACGUCGAGCAGUUCCAUGGGCAACAUUGCAAUUGUCAAUGUGGUCCUAGUAAUUACUCACCAUCAGCUAGUUGUUCAACAUCAGAACAAUGUGCACAAAUAUGUUAUUGGGGUUAUUCUGCCUGUAUCAAAGGAUAUAGUAGAGGAUGUUGUGGCAGUUUACCAUGUUCGUGGUACACUGGAGAAGAAGUUUACAAUGAACCCGGAACAUGUAUUUGCAAAUGUUCAGGUCCAUGGAGUAGCUCCUCUUAUGAUAGGGGUAGUGCUGAAGCUAGUUUAUGUGCAAAAUCUACUUGCCAAUCAGCUUGCCGAUACUUAUAUCCAAGUUCAUGUGGAACUUACAUAAAUGAAGCUUAUUGUUCUAAUGUUGCAGUCUGUUUUUCUGGUGAUAGUCACGUUCAAUUAAUUGAUGGAACUUCGAAAAAAAUUGGUGAACUACAAUCUGGUGAUCUUGUUUAUGCUUAUGAUGGUUUUAAACUUGUCAGUGCAGAAAUGAUCAUGAUGUUAGAUCGUCAAGCAUCUACUAAGACUAUAUUCCAUACUCUCAAAACUGAAUCAGAUCAUCAGUUAAGUUUAACAUCAUAUCAUUUGAUCGCUAUUGUUUCAUCCAAUGGAAAACCUACCUACAAACCAGCUAAAGAUUUACAAAUUCAUGAUCGACUUUUUAUUCUUUCGAACAAUCAACUUGUAUCAUCACCUAUUGUUGAAAUUAUAAUUGAUAUUAAAACAGGAUACUAUGCCCCAUUUACUAGUGUAUUAUUUGUCAAUGGUAUUCUAUCAAGUUGUUACGCUAAUGUAAAGAGUCAUGAUGCUGCACAUUUUUAUAUGUCAUCAUUGAAAUGGCUUUAUUAUAUUAGUCGAUUCUUAAUGAUCAAUGAUCCAUUUGGAACAUCAUCUAAAGAUGGUAUCCAUUGGAUACCAAGAUUAAUGUUUGAAUUUGGUCAACGAUUUCGACCAUCAACACUUCUUUUGUAA